GGGACCACAAAAAAAAAGUUAAGACUGAGAAAGUGGAAAGUGAAAAUGAAACCAGGGGAAUUCGAGAGGACCUAAGAAAAUGAUGAAUGAAAACAUGUCCCACAAAAUAAAUAGAGGAAGAUGGAAGAGGAGCACAUUGCAAGGCUGGCUCACAGAACGGGACCGGAUCUGGCUGCUCCAGGAAAGACUGCCAUGGCACUCAAAUCGUCUGCAACCCCUGCCGCGCUCCUUUACCUGGGACUGGUGCUCUCUGCUCAAGCUGCAGCUCUGGACUGCAACUUCCUGAAACUGCAGCAGGAAAGAUUUAAUCGGGAGAGCCUAAAACAGCUGGAAAAGAUGAUCUCAAAGUUCUCGCCAAGGUGCCGGGAGCAGGCGCCCGACUUCAACUUUCCUGCAGAGACCCUGAAAACACAAGACUCGUCGCUCGCCGCAAAAGAUAUACUAAGCGGGUUUUUGGCCAUCCUGAGCAGCGACCGGCUGAAGACCAGCUGGGAAACCCCACUCUUCAGAGACAGGUUUCUCAACGGGCUGUUUGCACAAACGGAAAGCAUCCAAAGGUGUCUCGAGGAAAGACAAGUCACCUGGGGAAGGAGCAAAUAUGAACGGGCGAACAAGCAGGGGCUGAAGCGAUACUUCCAGAGGAUCAGAGCUUUCCUCGAAGAGAAGGGACGCAAAGCUUGUGCUUAUGAGAGCCUACAACUGGAAUUCCAGAGGAGUUUCAUGUACAUUGACAUACUCUUGAAGAGAACGGACACUGGGACUCGGUAGGGCUGGAAUUCGGUGCAGAACGAGAGGCGUCAAAAAGUCUCCAGUUCUGCAACUGUCUUGCGCUUGCAUGUCCUUAUUUAUUUAUUUGUCUGUUUAUUUAUUUAUUUAUUUAUUUCAUUUUUACCACUUUUAUAUGUUAAUGAAAUUUGUU